UGUGGCGUGCCAAAUUGUGGAUGAGUGUUGAGCGUUAGCUUUGAUUUCGUUUGCAGCGAUUACAUGGCUGGUAUUGGACUGUAUCGGAUGAUGGUUUGAUCUGUUGUCCUUCUACAUAACUCAAGAAAUGGACCAGAAUGGGGGCGGCAACAGUGCCGGCAGCGUGUACGGUCGGCUGGGCGGCCCGUACGACCGCUGGGUGGAGCCGACAGACCGGUCGGCGCUGGGCCGCGUACAGCAGCAGUACUGGACCACCAAGCAGACGCUGCUGCGUAAGCUGGGCAAAAAGGAGGACGAGUACGUGGUGGCUUCCGACUCGGAGCUGGAUGCCAAGCUCGAGCUGUACGGCAGCGUGGACGAGACGUGCCUCGACCUGGACCGUAUCCUCGGCUUCUACCAGGACCAGUUGUGCGUGCUCUCCCAGGAGGAGAACAGCCUGGGCCGCUUCCUUAAGGAGCAGGGCAAGGAGGACAAGACGCGCGCCGGCAAGAUGAUGGUGGCCGUGGGCAAGACCAUGUCGUACACGGCGCAGCAGCGGCUGGCGCUCCGCUCGCCGCUGCUGCGGCUGCAUCAGGAGGUGGAGACGUUCCACAACCGGGCCGUCAAGGACACGGCGAUGACGGUGCGCAGCAUGGAGAAGGUGCGCACCGAGUACCGCGGCACGCUCAUGUGGAUGAAGGAUAUCUCGCAGGAGCUCGACCCGGACACCUACAAACAGCUGGAGAAGUUCAGAAAGGUCCAGAUGCAGGUGAAAAAGAACAAGCAGCGUUUUGACAAGCUGAAGGUGGACUGUCUGCAGAAGAUCGACCUGCUGGCCGCGUCGCGGUGUAACAUGUUCUCGCACGCGCUGGUGCUCUACCAGGACGCACUGCUCCAGUUCUGGGAGAAGACGGCCCGCACCAUGAACCACGUGUCGGACAGCUUCAGAGGGUACCAGUACUACGAGUUCUCCGUGGUGAAGGAGCUGUGCGAGCCGUCCCGGCUGCUGGCCGACCAGGCGUCGGCGGCUCGCACGGCCGCCACCCAGCCGGCCCCGGCAGCGGCAGUCUCCGCACCGCCCGACCAGCAGACGGACAAGCCUCCCGAUCGUGCGAGACCGCAUUGUUUUAGUUGGUUUGGUAUGUUUAUUCGAUUUAUUCGCCAUCCUGCGUAUACGCCGCCCCGCACGUCCUCCUAACCACCGACCUCUUGGCCUGCACCAGCAGUGGGAUAGGCACUAACUGGCCACC